AAAUCUCAGACCCUGUGAAACAAGUUUGGCAUCUCUUGAUGGCUGUUUCCAAAGGCAAGACGUAAAGUCUGUAAGGUCUUGCUCUGAGGAAAUAUGUUGAAGUGUUUUUGACCGACAUACAUCAGUGAGAAACAUGGCCAGUCAAGGACAAAUAUUAAAGUACUGCGUAGGAAUCAUCAUAGCUGUUUUGUCGACCCAUGAAUGUGUUGUGGAAACACUCGAUUUUCCAGAAACAAAUAUAGAUUUAGAGUUUAGUUACAUAGAUGGGAAACUGCAUAACAGAAUACCAAGAAGUGCAGGUUCUGAGAUGUUGGAGUUCAUUGUGGUUGUUGAAGUAAAUGUAUCCCAAGCCGUGGUGAUUGAACAGAUCAGAGCUUCAUUGGCCUCCAUCGUGUUUCCUCUUCAGCUGGACAACAGCACAGAAGUAACUGCUGCAAACAUUACAACAGUUUGCAGACCAAAUACGACUGAAUACCAGUGCGUUUGUGAAGACGCCUAUGCAUGGUCGUACAACAACUGCCUGACAUAUGAGGCCUGUGGCGACAUCGGUUUUGGCUCAUGUGGAUGUAUCAAUGGUAUUCCCAGUGAUGGAGAGAUGUGUGUGCUGGAGAGCGAACUGCCCUUCACUGACUUCUUGUUUGAAAUUGAGUUGGACUCAACGAGCAUCUCUGUGAUUGAUGAGAUGAGGCGAUAUCUGCAGAACAUCACCUUUCCACUUCAAUUAGAUCAGGUGGUUGAAGUUUUAGAUGUGGACAUUACAACAGUGUGCAAUUUCAAUGACAGUGGAUACAAGUGUGUAUGUGAGGACCAGUAUUUCUGGCCGUGUGAUAAAUGCACACAAUACGGAAGCUGUGACGGCGUCACAAACAACACAUGCAGCUGCAUCAAUGAUAUUCCAAAUGACAGACUGUUCUGUCAAACAAUCAGCGAGAUAACAAAUAACACCGCCUGUGGGCAACCACCAUCAGUGACUCCAGUUCCCACUGAAUAUCUAACUGAAAUUCAGAUCAAUAGCAUGGACAGUAGCAUCGUUAAUCAGCUGAGGAACAUCCUGAUGUAUUUCAGUUUGCCCUACACAAUCAGUGACAGCACUAACAUCACAGAAAUCAACAUAACUACUGUGUGUUCCCUGAAUGAAACCCAGUAUCAGUGUAAAUGUGAGGGUCUGUUUGUUUGGCCGAAUGACACGUGUUACUUAUACGAGGCCUGUGAUGUCAUCACUAAUGGUUCAUGUACAUGUAUCAAUGCCCUUCCAACCGACGGACAGUUCUGCCAGUUAAAAGAAGUGCUGCCUUCUCACUACACGAUUGACUUUGAUGUGAGAUUCUUUGACUUGUAUCUGGCAGACUACUUACGUAAUAUCUUCACAAACCUUAGCCUUCCUCUCACUUUGAGCAACAGCAUAAAUAUCACAGAUAUCGACAUGACUACUGUGUGUGGGUUAAAUGGAACAGAAUAUGAGUGCCAGUGUGAGCAGGAUCAUGUCUGGCCCAGUGACACCUGCAGAGCCUAUCAGGUGUGUGAUGGCAUUGUGGGAGGCACUUGUGGAUGUAUUCAAGCUCUCCCUUCAGAGGGUCCACUUUGCCUGAAAGAUAUCAAUGAAUGUAAAGAUGCAGUAUCAGUGUGUGGUCCAUACUCAGAUUGUAUUAACUUCAUUGGGAGUCACAUGUGUUCAUGCUGGAGUGGAUUUAAUACCUCCAAUAAAGACAGUCCUGUGAGCCGUAACAACUCAUGUCAGGAUAUAAAUGAAUGUCUGUUCAGUUCACCUGUAUGUGGUCCAAAUUCCAUCUGCACAAAUCAGCUGGGAAGUUAUAAUUGUUCAUGUCUGGAUGGGUUCACUGCAACAAACUCACUUCUCCUCAUCAGCAACAAUAACACAUGUAGAGAUGUGAAUGAAUGUCUUCAGACGACGGAGGUCUGUGGUCCAAACUCUCGUUGCACAAACUUAAUUGGGAGUUACAGCUGUUCCUGCUUGACUGGAUAUACAGUAACAAAUAGCAGUGAACUAGUCAGGGCCAGGAACCCAUGCAAUGUGACUCUGCCUUUGACUGAGUAUCUGAUUGAAAUUCAGAUCAAUAGCAUGGACAGCAGAAUGACUGAUCAGCUGAGGAACAUCCUGAUGUAUUUCAGUUUGCCCUACACAAUCAGUGACAGCACUAACAUCACAGAAAUCAACAUAACUACUGUGUGUUCCUGA